GUCUGCUCAAGGCGUCAGCAACCAAAUUAGCCUUUCCUGGAUGGUUUCUUUUCUCUCUGGCACGAAGCCCGAGAGAGCCAUUGAAGUGCAUCAUCUCUCCUAUGGAGCUCCGCCGUUACUCUUCCUCCGUUGGUCUAUCUCUUCCAUGGAGAUCCUUUCUCACCUGAAGACAUCGCCUAGUUGGGCUGCCUCCGCCGUCUCUGUUUUCCGGCGAAAAUCUCUUUUAACCUCUCUCACUUGUUGUGAAGAUCUUAUGACAUGCUUGUUUAAGCUUAGUCUCAUGUCUCCGAUGCAGCCAGUUGUGCCUUCGGUGGUCUCCUCCCUUUUGGAACCACUAGAUCUGUUCAAGCUUUCUUCGUCUAGGCUUGCUCCGGCGGCUACGCCGGUCAUUCACCGAGAUGGGAUGUUUCCGCCGUCUCUCUUUCCCCAGAUCUCGUGGAAGCGCUUCACCGGCGAUUCUCCAACCAGUAUCUUAUUCUCGGGAUCCGCCUUUGAUUCCCGAAGAUUAAUCUCCCUUCCCAAGAACUGCUACACCGUCGAUUUAUCCUCUGGCUCUCCAAAAAGUCGAACGCUUUGGACUCUUCAAGCAAGUAUGGUGACUCCAUUAACGUCGGCUUCCCUCUCGGUCUCACUGUCCGAUGAACUCCUCCCAACCACAAUCUCUAAAUUGUCAGAUGUGGUGGUUAGAGAUCUUGUUUUGGCCGAGCAUGUUCUCUCCGUUCCACCGUCGUGCCGUAAAGUCGAACCACCUUUUUCACCUCGUUUGAGACUCUCCUCGGCAAACUGGAAUGGUUCCCCGACGAUCAACGGCCGCCUCCUCUACACUCAAAACGCUAUAGCUUUUCCUAGGGUUUCUAGUGAUGGACAAAGUUUGGGCUUAGCUGGUAGUAGGCUAGAUUAUGGAUUUGCUGCUAAUGGGUCAUACAUAUCAAAAACCCAGAAUUGUUUUUGGAAGAGAACAUCUUCAAAUUCCUCCGUGUGGGAGAGACCAUUGUUACAUUACUUCGAUUUUAUGUUGUCAGAGAUAAAGAAUAUGUUGUAUCUCUUUCCAAAAUUUAGAGCUUGUAUAGCUUUUGUUUCUAUCUUUGAUGAAGAUUCUCUUGAACUUAUGGGAGGUUAUACUCUUAUGUUCUCGAAUGAUUAUCCGGUUCUUUUGGUGUCGGUUACUGUCCGGUUGUGGGUUAUUGGGACAACAAUUAGAAAUCGAGUUUUUACAUCAGUUUUUGUUCAUCCGGUCGUUAAAAACCGAGACUAUAGUUGUAUAAGUUUGGGCCACAAUGGCACGUCCAAAGGAGGUGAAUGGUUCUUGAAAGGUGACCCGUAUAUGAUCACCGCAAAUCUGGAAAAGAGAAGGACAAACCUCCAACUAAACACUUCGCUUCUCAUUUCACUUGUUUCCUCUUUCGUGGAGAGGCUAUUCCCCCAUUGCCUCUUCCUUGUAAGGGAGUUUUACCAAAAAGUUGUUAGACCUUUGCUAUUUGACUGUUCAAAGGCUCUUAAGUUUCAAGAAAGCAGGCCUGAAAGCAGCUCUCUAACAUCCUUUCUUCUCUUCGACCAUAUGAGAGAAAGGAUGGCGAGCAUUUCAUGUGGCCCACGCUUGGGCAUUGUGGUGGCUGGCUUCAUGGCAUCGUCAAGCAUUUUGUCAUACCGAGUGGCUUACCUCUGCGUUGGAACGCGUUAUCCCUAGCAUCUUUAGAUCAUUUUAUUCCUAUUUCAGUUGUAUUUUCUUAUUUUGUUGUUUAUUUAUCCGGGUGUUGCGUAAUGUUCAAGGUAGAGCAGCCUGUGAGUACUUUUA